GCAGACAAAUGUAGCCACCCACCUCUAGGAGGAAAAGUGAGCUGCAGCCCUGGUGAAACACAAAGUUUAUUUGACUAAAGUGACGCAAAAAUUCUCCAAGAGCUCUUUGGCAGCAGAUUAUCUGGAAAUCAGACCAUGUGAGGGGGACUGGGGUACAAAAACCUCCCCAAGAUGCUGAGUUGCCCACAGGCUGAGUUCCCGAGACUGAAGUAAAUGUGGGUGAAGGUUACUCGAGCUUGGAUAACUCCAAGGAAAGUGCUUCAAGCCGACCCCAGAGACAGAUGCUGUUUGUGCCUUCAAUGUGAUGGAUUUAAAUAUGGAAGAGGAGUUCUAAAAGUGCUGGGAAUACACCAGGAAUAAAAGUGUGGGAAGACAAGCCACAAGGGGACUCUGCUGCUGUCUGUGUGCAAGUGAUUGGAACAAAUCCUGGUGAAAAUGGAAAAAAAGGCAACAGGGAAAGAGACUGAGCCACUGACUUGCAAGAAAGAUGCCUCAGGCUGUAACAAAGGAGAAGACUGUAAAGAGAAUGGACUUCUGGUCAGGAACCCUAAAUCUGCCCUGCGGCUGGUGGAGGAUGGCAACAAAGUCCAUUCCAGCCAGGGGGAUAAAGGGCAGUCAGCUCAGAUCUCAAAUGGUUAUUCAGGGGGGCAGAGCUCUGCUCCCUGCAAUGGUAUGGGAGAGGUGGAGGAUGCCCAGUGCCCUGCCCCAGCAGCCACCACCACCACCACAACCACCACUUCCACCACCUGCGGAGCAGAAGGCCAACAGCAGCUGAUGGAGUUGGAAGACAGAGAGACCUGGAGUAAAAAAAUUGACUUUCUACUCUCUGUCAUUGGCUAUGCAGUGGAUCUGGGGAAUGUGUGGAGAUUUCCUUAUAUAUGCUAUCAGAACGGAGGAGGGGCAUUCCUCAUUCCUUACACAAUUAUGGCCAUCUUUGGAGGGAUUCCUCUCUUCUAUAUGGAACUAGCACUAGGACAGUACCACAGGAAUGGGUGUAUUUCAAUUUGGAGAAAAAUAUGUCCUAUAUUCAAAGGAAUUGGCUUUGCCAUCUGUAUAAUAGAUCUUUACAUAGCCUCCUAUUACAACACCAUUAUGGCUUGGGCCUUUUACUACCUCAUCUCCUCCUUCACGACGGAGCUGCCAUGGACUAGCUGCACAAAUGCCUGGAACACAGGCAACUGCACAAACUACUUCAGCAAGGACAAUGUCAGCUGGUCCCCACACUCCAUCUCUCCUGCAGAAGAAUUUUAUACACGCCAAGUUCUACAGGUGCACAGGUCUGAUGGGCUGGAUGACCUGGGAGGCAUUAGCUGGCAGUUGACCCUCUGUUUAUUGCUAAUCUUCACCAUUGUAUACUUCAGCAUCUGGAAAGGGGUCAAAACAUCUGGCAAGGUGGUGUGGGUAACUGCCACAUUCCCUUACAUCAUACUCUUUAUCCUACUUGUGAGAGGUGCAACAUUGCCCGGGGCUUGGAGAGGUGUCCUCUACUACUUGAAACCUGACUGGCAGAAACUCCUGGCCACUGAGGUUUGGGUGGAUGCAGCAGCUCAGAUUUUUUUCUCCCUUGGUCCAGGUUUUGGGGUCCUAUUGGCUUACGCCAGCUACAACAAAUUCCAUAACAACUGUUACCAAGAUGCUCUGGUUACCAGCACUGUGAACUGUGUGACCAGUUUUGUGUCUGGAUUUGUCAUUUUCACCGUGCUGGGAUACAUGGCUGAGAUGAGGAAUGAAGAUGUAUCAGAGGUUGCCAAAGAUACUGGACCCAGCCUCCUCUUCAUCACAUACGCUGAGGCCAUUGCAAACAUGCCUGCUUCCACCUUCUUUGCCAUCAUCUUCUUCCUGAUGUUGCUCACUCUGGGAUUAGACAGCACAUUUGCAGGACUAGAGGGAGUGAUUACUGGAGUCCUGGAUGAAUUCCCGCAUGUCUGGAGCAAGCGCAGGGAACUGUUUGUCCUUGGUCUGAUCAUCAUUUGCUUCCUGGGGUCAUUAGCAACCCUGACAUUUGGAGGUGCAUAUGUGGUAAAGCUGUUUGAGGAAUACGCCACGGGUCCAGCUGUCCUAACCGUCGUGUUUCUGGAAGCGGUUGCCGUGUCCUGGUUCUAUGGCAUCACCCAGUUUUGCAAUGAUGUGAAAGAAAUGCUAGGCUCUGCCCCAGGCUGGUACUGGCGAGUUUGCUGGGUAGCAAUUAGUCCCAUCUUCCUUCUGUUUGUCACUUGCAGCUUCCUGUCCAACCCUCCUGAGCUACGGCUUUUUGAUUAUAACUAUCCCUAUUGGACCACAGUAGUGGGUUAUUGCAUAGGAACCUCUUCUGUCAUCUUCAUUCCAAUCUACAUGGUCUAUCGGUUGGUCAUCACCCCAGGAACAUUUAAGGAGCGUAUUCUGAAAAGUAUUACUCCAGAAACAGCUACAGAAAUUCCUUUUGGAGACAUCCGCAUGAAUGCAGUAUAAGCUAACCUGGAGGGAGCACAAAAUGUGACUUUCCCCAUUCUCUUUCCCCCACCCCAAAGAAUUUAGUUUCCAGAUAAGACAAGAAAUGGAGGAGUUUUCCAUGGAGAUGGCAUUACUGACAACAGGCAUCUGGAAACACGGUGCCUCCAGCACAUAUAUCUAAGCAAUUCAAUGAAAUCUCCAGUGCACUUCUAACCAGCCUGAACUGACAGAGAGCCAACGCAUACUGGGAGCACAUGGCUGUCUGUGUGCAUGACAAUACCACUAGUCCAUGCUCUGGGGCUGUCAGAAAGUGUGCAUGGCUGAGUAAGCCACUAAAGGACAAGUAUCAGCGGGUAGGAUUAGGUGUAGAAUCCCAAGUCUGUGGCAGUGCUCCUGUAUCUUCCUCAAUGUGAUCGUUUGUACUGGGCAAUGUCGUAUUCGCUUUUAAGGUUCUAAUUGCUUAACUACAUUGAAAAAUACAAAGAUAUUUCUGAUAGCCAUAAAUGUAUGACUCAAGUAGCACAGGGUUUUAUAAACUAGACAAAAAAGUAGUAUACCCAUAGGUUUUUAGCGGAGCAGAGAGAGGAAGAGGAAACUGAGGAUUCUGAGCAGCACCAUAUACAGCUCUGCAUACAUCAGCACACACGGUUGGUGGCAUUAUCCUUUUCAUUACCAGUGUCUGUUCUUCCUUGUGUAGUAAGUACUACAAAAGCAUUCUUUGUAAUGUGGAAGGCUUCACUUUCCUUUAGACCCAAUCAAGCCACAAAAACUCAUCAUGGGUUACUUCACCCAACACACCCAAAGAAACUACAGACCAACAGUGAACAUUUUUGAGUUCCAGUGCCAAAAAGUGUAAUCUUAAAGAUCUGCCUCCCUGCUUUGCUUCAUUUUGUGUUUUGUUCUGCAUUUUUAGUUUGUUUUUCAUUUAAUUUCACACCUACAGUUUGCUGGAGCCUGUGGUUCUUUCUAUUCCUUCCUCAUACAGAACUAAAGUUUAGAAUACUCCUGUUGGCUAGCUGACUAUAGUAUGUUUAACAAACUACACAAACCUACUUUGAAGAUUUAUUAGCUCAUAUUCUAAUGUCAACGCAUUUGGGUUUCACCCUCAAGAAGGAGGGGAAUUUCUUUAUAACAAGAAGCUGGGUAGAGUUCAGCAGGACUGAUUCUCAUCAGAACUAUUUCUAUUACAUUUUGAGGCAGUAAUACACAAAUUAACUUCCACGCACAUACAGACCUCUCUAUACGAGAUGUACACACUCCAGAUGUAACUGUCCUUCAGGCUGACUGCAACUGCCAAGUUAGCUGGAGGACAAUACUUCUGCUGCAGGUACAUGAGAGUUCAGGUAAACCCAAGUAAGCAUCAUUUAUCUAAAAACCUGCAUUCUAUUUUCACUCUACCACUGAGAUAUAAGAAGUAAAAUAAAACAGAGGAUAAAAGUCUCUUUUGUAUCUCAUGGCCUACUUAGGUAAGAACUAAGGUUAUAUAUACAUUCAUAGCUAUCGAUGAACUUGUUGAAGAGUUACAUCGGUACAAAGAACUCACCACAUUAGAAGAAAGCAGUGAUGGAGUCUUUAUCUUCUGAAACAUUUUCAUUGCUUCCACCAAGGUUUGUCUCCUCAGGUGUGCAGACACCCCCCAGAGGAAGCUCUUACACUUCAGCUGCUGACUUGAGUUCACUUAACUUUAGGUCUCAAGCCCAACUUCCAAUGAGGGAACAAAUAACUUCAAGGGACAAGGACUGUUCUUUUGGAACUAUGAACAAAAGGCACCUGAACUGUUUUUAAGAAGGGAGCAUGUUCCUUCACUGCCAACAGAAAACCAAUAGAUGUGUCUUACUGUACAGUUACAGGAUGUAGUUUUGUAGCUUAUCCCUCAAGUAUACUUGAAAGCCAUUUUCCAAAACUGACUUCAUUUUAAGGACAACAGGAACAGUUUGGGAAUUAUUUUAAUAUUAGAAUACCGUUUAGUUAUUAAGUUACCAAUCAGGAAAAUUACACUUCUUUUGCUUGUUUCUAAAGAAUUUUUCUGUUAUAAUUUAAAAAAACCCCAUGUAACAGAUGUGAAUGUAACAGAUGUCUGAGGUACAUGCUGAGGUAUGUAUCCAGCAUCUCAGUGUGGGAAGUAAAGGAAAAAACUCUACCCACCUCCUUCACUCUUCAGACUGGUGGUGAGCUACUGAUAAGUGAGUUUUCUCCUAAAUGGGUAAGUAUUUAAAUAGGUAAAUCUUACAGAUGGGAUAUGUUUUGCCAGAUUUGAUGCUGUUUCAUGCUAGGUUUCUUUAACAAAACCCCCCACACUUCCUCAAACCACCUCCAAACUUCAGCUUCCAGUGUUUGGUCAUUUUCGUAUACCCACGUGCAAACAUCUCUUCAAACAGACAUUUUGCAGCCUUCCGUUAGGAAGGGUGAAGGUGGGGAAAGAAAUGGUUGAGUUAAAUGGGAGCAUUAUCUGUUUCAAAGCCAAAGUUUCUCUUUCAACCCUUGCAAACAGAAACUGGGAACAUUAUUUCUAGUGCAGUAAUUUGCAAAGUAACAAUUGCAGAAAUCUCUAUUUUCACAUGCAAGACUAUGGAUGUUAUUCUUUUAUAACAGCAUUUGAAAUGGCAAAGGAUGCAUCUUUAAUUUGUACUCUAAGACACUAAUACACAACGGACAUUGUCCCUCUGGGUGGUUUUAGCACCUCCUAAGAAAUGCCACUGUUUUCUAGUGGACUAAAAGUCAGCCAAGAAGCCCCAAUGCUAAUACAGCCCUGCAACAGUCAGAGUAAAACAGGGCAUGGCCUCUGAGUUGACAAAUUAGACUAAAGCAAUCUGAGUACAGAUGUACUGAGAGAGGG